AUGAAGCUCUUCAAGUCCACUCUCGCCAUUCUCGCCCUCGUGGCUGCUAUGGUCAACGGAGACGACGUGGAUCAAAGUGAAGUCGUCCAACAGUCUCAAGAAAACCAGGACUACGAGGUGGGGCAGGUUUCUCCUGCAAGUCAGGUUGGUCAAGAUUCUCCGUACCAGGUGGACCAGGACGACACCUGCACGCUAACCGGCAACUACACAGAGGGCACCGAUGUCUCGCAAUGCAGCACCAUUGUCAUCGACUCGUUGUCGGUGCCUGCUGGUGUAAUGCUUGACCUUACCAAUGUCACGGACGGUGCCAACAUCAAGUUCCAGGGAACGUCGACCUUCGGGCCGAAGCUGUGGGCAGGUCCGCUUAUUAAGCUCACGGGAAAUGACCUCACUGUGACCGGGCCUGGCACGCUCGAUGGCCAGGGCGCGUGGUACUGGCCGCAGGGUCAGAACAUCACUCGUCCGGUGUUCUUCCGCCUCAGCAGAGUUGCCAACUCGAAGCUGUCGGGCUUCACCAUUAAGAACAUGCCGUUCCGCACCUUCAGCAUCCUCAGUUCAAACUACACGACGAUCUCUGAGCUCACGAUCGACUCUCGUGCAGGCAACGGCAGCGCCAAGAACACGGACGGCUUCGACCUGAGCAGAAACAACCACGUGACCAUCACUAACAACCGAGUGUACAACCAGGACGACUGCCUGGCCAUGCAGUCCAGCUCGAACACGGUCUUUAGCAACAACUACUGCAGCGGCUCGCACGGUAUUUCCAUCGGCUCGCUCGGUGGCCCAGAGCAGAACGUCAAUACGACCGUCUCUGGUCUGCUGGUCAAGGACAACACGAUCGUGAACAGCACAAACGGCAUCCGUAUCAAGACCAUCAUUGGCCUCAAGGGACUGGUGACCAACGUCACCUACACCAACAACAGGCUUGUCAACGUCAAGCACGCUAUUGUCAUGCACUCGGACUACAACAAAACCAAGGGCGGGUACUCCGGCAUCCCCUCCAGUCUGGUCAACAUCACCAACAUCAAGAUCGACGGCCUUUUCGGCUCGGCCACGAACCUGUACGAUAUUGUAGCCAACCCGGCCGUGGUGUCCAACUGGGAGUUCAAGAACGUCGCGGUUAACGCUACGAACAUUGGCAAGUGCCAGGGCGGACCGAGCAACGUGCAGUGCUAA